AUGCUCCAGCUCAACCCAUCGCAACCACCACGUACCCCAGACCAGGCAAACACCACCACGCAAGAGCGCAUUGAAGGCUCGCCGAAACCUGCUGCCAGUCGCCUCCGAACAGCCAGUGUCCUCAACAUGUCUGGAGCCGGCUACGAUGCCGUCGUAGACGUAGAUGACGAGGGCGACCUCGGACACACCGACCUCCAGGAGGACCUCGAAUUCCACAACUCGACCUUCACGGCGCCGUCCAACAGCACGCGCAAGGGCGGCAGCGGCGGCGGCGGCUCCGGCCUGCCACCCCCGGCGACGGCGGGCUCGGGGUCCGGGUCGGGCUCGUCGAAGCGGUUCCUGUGGUCGCUGUCCUUCUACGCGCAGUUCUUCGACGUCGACACGUCGUCGGUGCUGGCGCGCUGCUGGGCCGCCCUGUACCCGCGCGCCAACUUCCUCGACGUGCUCGAGGGCAACCCGGACCUGUACGGGCCCUUCUGGAUCGCCACCACCGUCGUCUUCAUCCUCUUCAUGGGCGGCACCAUCAGCCAGUACCUGGCCUCCACGGGCAACGGGCCCUUCGUCUACGACUUUACGCUGCUAAGUGGCGCCGCCGGUCUCAUCUACGGCUACACCCUCGUGAUCCCGAUCCUCCUCUUCGGCGCCCUUCGUUAUUUCGGCUCCGAAUCGGCGAACCUGCUCGAGUGCUGGGCGCUCUACGGCUACGCCAACUUGAUCUGGAUCCCCGUGGCCCUGAUCAGCUGGUCGACCAUCCAGCUCCUCAACUACCUCUUCGUCGGCAUCGGCUUUGGCCUCUCGGUCGCCUUCCUGCUGAGGAACUUCUGGCCCGUGCUGAGCGCCACCGACCGCCAGACGAGCAAGGUGCUGCUGAUCCUGGUCGUCGCCUUGCACCUGGCGCUGGCCAUCGCCAUCAAGGUUCUGUUCUUCAAGGCCGGGAGCCCGGCGCCGAUCCAGAGUGAGCCCAAGGAGCCCGCAGAGGGUCCCGGGGCAAUGUUGCGACUCAUGUUACGCCUAUAG